GCGAACGCUCGCCAGUGUAGUUAAAAUGUUGCAAUCUUAAAGCUUCCACCUUCAUUUUUCUUCUCUCGAAUACCAAAACGAAGUCAUUCCCCUGUUUGUACCGGCCGAGAUGUCAACGGCUCGGACAACUCUCUGUUUCCUCUGCUUCAUCUCCAUAAUUUCCACCAUCAAAUCCGACGACCUUCAAAUUCUACUUAAUCUGAAAACCUCCCUCCAAAAAUCAAACGGAGACGUGUUUGAUUCAUGGUUGUCUACGAAUCCAAUAUGUAAUUUCAUAGGAAUUACUUGUGAUUCAACAGGGUCGGUGAAGGAAAUUGAGCUUUCGAACCAGAAGUUAACAGGGCUUCUUCCUCUUGAUUCAAUAUGUCAACUUCAGUCAUUGGACAGGCUUUCAUUUGGGUUCAAUUCAUUGCACGGAACAAUCAUGGAAGACUUGAAUAAGUGCGUCAAGCUACAGUACUUGGAUUUGGGGAACAAUUUGUUCACUGGGUCGUUCCCUGAUGUAUCAUCUCUCAGUGAAUUGCAGUAUCUGUAUCUGAAUCAAAGCGGAUUCACAGAUUUUCCAUGGAGAUCGCUCACGAACAUGACGGGUCUUGUUUCACUGAGUGUCGGAGACAACCCAUUUGAUCAAACUCCAUUUCCGACGGAGGUGGUGACUCUCACGAAGCUAAAUUGGCUUUACAUGUCAAAUUGCAGCAUAGAAGGGACAAUUCCACCGGAAAUCGGAAACCUCACGGAGCUUGUAAACUUGGAGCUAUCUGAUAAUUAUUUAUCCGGUGAAAUUCCGGCGGAGAUUGCGAAACUUAAGAAGCUCUGGCAACUCGAGAUCUACACGAACAACUUGAGAGGAAAAUUUCCUAUCGGGUUCGGAAACCUCACGAAUUUGAUGAACUUCGAUGCUUCAUCAAACUAUUUACAGGGGGACUUGUCUGAAUUGAGAUUCUUAUCUAACAUGGUGACCUUGCAAUUGUUUGAAAACGAGUUUUCUGGCGAAAUACCAGUCGAGUUUGGUGAAUUCAAGAAGCUUGUGAAUCUUUCGUUAUACACUAACCAGCUAACAGGUCCUUUGCCGCAAGAGAUCGGUUCUUGGGCUGAUUUUGAUUACCUUGAUGUCUCGGAGAAUUUCCUGUCGGGUCCAAUUCCACCGAAUAUGUGCAAGAAAGGGAAGAUGAGGGGGCUUCUCAUACUCCAGAACAAUUUCUCCGGUGAAAUCCCGGUGAGCUACACAGAUUGUGCAUCGUUGCAAAGAUUCAGAGUCAAAAACAAUUCGCUUUCAGGUGUAGUUCCGGCUGGAAUAUGGGGACUGCCCAAUGUGAAUAUAAUUGAUCUUACAUUGAAUAAAUUUGAAGGUGCAAUCACUGAAGAUAUCGGUAAUGCAAAAUCCUUGUGGCAGUUAUUGGUUGGGAACAAUCGAUUAUCAGGUGAAUUGCCAGAGGAGAUUACAAAUGCCACAUCUUUGGUUGCUAUGGAGCUUAAUAACAAUCAGUUUUCCGGCAACAUUCCGGCGACUAUUGGGGAAUUGAAGCAUUUGAGUAGUCUUCAUUUCCAAAACAACAAGUUUUCUGGGUCACUACCAAAGUCUUUAGGCUCUUGUCAUUCACUCAGUGACUUAAACAUGGCUCACAAUUCACUUUCCGGCGAAAUUCCGUCAUCUUUGGGCUUUCUACCUACUCUCAACUCCAUGGAUUUGUCAAACAAUGAACUUUCCGGUCAAAUUCCGGACAGUUUGUCUUCAUUGAGACUAAGCCUGCUUGAUCUGUCUAGCAAUCGAUUAGCCGGUCGUGUACCCCCAACUCUAUCUAUUGCAGCAUAUAAUGGAAGUUUCGCCGGAAACCCUGGUCUCUGCAGCCAGAGUAUUCAGUCCUUCCAGAAGUGUUCGAAGGAUUCCAGGAUGUCCAAAGAUGUCCGGACACUCAUUGUUUGCUUUCUCUUAGGUACAGUGAUGGUCCUCGUCUCUUUUGGAUGCUUUUUCUAUCUAAAGAAGAGAGAAAAGGAUGAUCAUGGGCGUUCUUUGAAGGAAGAAACUUGGGAUGUAAAGUCCUUCCAUUUGUUAACCUUCACAGAAGAUGAGAUUCUUGAUUCCGUUAAGCAAGAGAAUCUGAUAGGGAAAGGAGGUUCUGGAAAUGUGUACAAAGUAGUACUCUCUAAUGGUAAAGAACUUGCUGUCAAACAUAUUUGGAAUACUGAUAUCAGUGGCCGGAAAAUGACACGUAGCAGUUCUCCGAUGCUCGGAAGACGUGGAAGUAAGUCGAGGGAAUUUGAAGCCGAGGUGCAGACCUUGAGCUCAAUAAGGCAUGUGAAUGUGGUGAAGCUGUAUUGCAGCAUAACUAGUGAGGACAGUAGCUUGUUGGUGUAUGAAUACAUGCCAAAUGGGAGCUUAUGGGAUAAGCUGCACUCAAGCCAAAAGAUGGAACUUGAUUGGGAAACAAGGUGUGAAAUCGCGGUAGGGGCGGCCAAAGGGCUGGAGUAUCUGCAUCAUGGAUGCGAGAGGCCGGUAAUUCACCGGGAUGUGAAGUCCAGCAACAUUUUGUUAGAUGAGUUCUUGAAGCCUAGAAUUGCUGAUUUUGGGCUCGCCAAGAUUGUUCAGUCUAACAGCGGCAAGGACGCCACACAAGCCAUCGCUGGUACUCUCGGCUACAUCGCUCCCGAAUAUGGAUACACAUACAAAGUGAACGAGAAGAGCGAUGUGUACAGUUUUGGAGUCGUAUUGAUGGAGCUAGUGACCGGAAAAAGGCCGAUAGAGCCGGCCUAUGGGGAGAACAAUGACAUAGUGAAUUGGGUGUGUAGGAUGAUGAAGAACAAAGAGAGUAUGUUUGGUGUAGUAGACUCAAGAAUUGCAGAUGGUUUCAAGGAAUAUGCAGUGAAGAUGUUAAGAAUUGCAAUUCUUUGCACAGCAAGUCUUCCUGUGACAAGACCCACAAUGAGAAGUGUAGUUCAGAUGCUGGAGGAAGCCGAGCCAUGUAAAUUAGUUGGGAUUUUGAUUAGCAAAGAUGGUCCAAAUGGUGAAAUUCAAGUUAAAGAUAUGAUAAAGUUUUGUCCAGAUCAGGAUUAACUACCAACAAGAGGUGGCUCGGUUAAUAAUCAGUUGGAUUAGACAUAUGUGUGUUUAAUGUUCGAUUCAAUGAGAAUCAUAUUUCUGAAGUGGUCAGUUUAUAACAUAUCAUAGGAGUGAUUAAUGAUUGUAAAAUAGUGGCUCCAAAAUUUGGAUUGGGUAUUUUAAUACAAAAAACCUAAAUUUGAGUUUAGGUA